AAAAAAAAUUGUAGUACUUUUCAGCGCAUGAUAGCCAUUUUAUGCAUUCAUAUGCUUGCAAUUCCAUAUAGCCAUAAAUCCCUGUGUACUGUGUACGGCAGAGAAAACAAUUUGCCUGCUUGCCUGUCAGACAAGCACAUGUUGAAUAAGUGAGUUUCAAAGAAAUAGAGGUAGAUUCUCGGUUCAUCAAAAGAGAGACGAAAAAAGAAAAGGAAACAAAAACCAAUACAGUUUCGUUUCAUUAGACGACUUUUACACCAAUACAGCCAGAGAGCAUCAAUCAUCACGUACACGUACACGUACACGAGAAAGACAGAGAAAGAAAAACAAGAAGCAAAUCUAAAGAGUUUUUACUUAAAAGAAUUUAUGUGUUCGGCUCUUUGGCACGCUGCACGAAUAUAUCUCAACACACUCAUCUGUGAGUGAAAAAGUGUUCGCUCUAUCUUUUUCUAUCGCCUAAAAAGCAACAAAAACUACCGAAAGUGUAAUAGAGCCAACCGAUUUCACUAGUCGCACCAAACUGAGUAUCACAAUGGAUGAGAGCAAACGAAAUAGUAUGAAAUUGGAUAUUGAGGCGGUACGUUUGUCUGAAAACGAUCACGAUCAACCGACCGAAGUGUACAAGCAAUCAUCUGAGUUCGAUUCCAACGAUAAAUCAACUGAACAACCAGCAACAAUAAUGACGCGUGAGAAGAGCGAUAGCAUCGAGGAUGGUGCCGACGAGAAGAUGCUGAGUGUCGAUGAAAAAGAGCAAUUGGCAAGGAAAGAUGAGGUGAAGUUCAUCGCCAGCGAUCGUUCAAACGGUGAUGCCAAGAUUGAUAUUGGCAACAUUGAAAAGGCAUUCAGUGGAAUGACAAAAGAAGAAUUGAUGAAAUUUGCCAAUGAUCCAUUCUGGCAACGCUUGCGUUGGACAUUCUUCAUUCUCUUCUGGUUGCUAUGGGCAGCCAUGUUGGCCGCUGCCAUUUGGAUCAUCUUGAAAGCACCAAAAUGUUCAGUCGCUAAACCAUUACCAUGGUACAAAGAGGGACCACUUGUUGUAAUGCCAAAAAAUAUUGCCACUCAAGCGGAUCAGCAUUUAAUUGAAAAGUUGCAAUCGAUCGAUGCCAAGGGUGUGAUUUAUCAAUUGCCAGCCGAUCAAACUUAUCAAGUCGAUACGGAACGAGUCGAAGAAUAUGUUAUGGGAAUUGUGAAUGGUUUCAAAAAUACCACCAUCAAAGUCAUUCUCGAUUUGACACCAAACUAUGUGACCACCGAGGAUGAACUGUACAAAUUGGCAUUAGAGAAUGAAAGCUAUCGCAGUGCAUUUGUUUGGUUAGAGCGAACUCGUAUUCCAAAUAACUGGCUAUCGAAGGUGGCAAACACACAACAAGAGGGUAAAGCGUGGAAAUUGGUGAAGACCAAUCACUAUGUACUCAGCCAAUUUGGUGAAAAUAAUAUCGAUUUGCAAUUGAAUGAUACGAUUGCAAAAGAGAAAUUCAAGAAUGUAUUGCGUAAGCUGGUUCGUUUGGGUGUCAGUGGAUUCCGAUUGGCCAAUGCCAAACACUAUAUCAUUGAUAAGAAUAUUCCAGAAGAUCAAUCAGUGUCCCCCAACCCAAAAGGUGGUGUGCACACCGAUUACGAUUUCUGGACGCAUACCGGCACCACAAAUCGCCCAGGUAUCGGUGCUUUGCUCAACGAAUUCUGGCAUGUGGUCAAUAAUGAAACGAACGGCAAUGGUUUCUUGUCAGUCACCGAUUACAUCGAUCAUCCGGAAGUGUUCACCAUUAACGAUAAAACCAUUGGCUUCGAUUUGCCAAUCAUCGUGAAUUUAACAUCAACAUUGUCAAAUGAUAGUUCGAACAUUGCAAAGAGACUGAGCGAUCGAUUGUCUACAUUGAACACCGUCGACAGAGACGUUUGGUUGCAAUGGCCAUACGAGACGUCGGCUGAAAACAAUCUGAAAAUCGGCACCAGCGAAUACAAUAUUUUCCUAUUUCUGUUGCCGGGCGUCCCAGUUGGCACACUUAAUGACUUCCUCAGCGGCAAUGCCACCGCCGAAAUCAAGAAGUUGGAAGAUUAUCGCAAACAACCGACGUAUCAACACGGCAGCUUUGAGGUAUACAAGGCUAACAACGAUACUGUCAUCGCCUACUCCAGACUAAAAUCUGGAAAUCCAGGAUUCUUUGUCGUCUAUAAUCCAACAGCCGCCAAUAUCACCGCAGAUUUUUCAUUCGUGCGCAGUUUGCCGGAGCAACUGACUGUGGAAUUGGCCAGCAAACCAUAUGAAAAUAACGUGGUUAAGGUUCCAACCAACGCCAUUCCAUUGAAAAGCAAUUCAACUGUUCUUUUCACCUAUGCACCAAAAUCAACGGCAUAAAUAGUUUCAAACCAUUCUCCGGACGGACGGUUUGCACAGCAACUUUGGUGAAUCGUCAAAUUUUUGAAGAAUAACAGAUGCAAAAAAAUAAUCAGUAGAAAAAAUACAAUGAAAAUUGUAUGCAAAUAGAAUUGCAAAGUUUGUUGCUUACAAAUUGCUUUUUUUCUGUAGUUAUCUACAUAAAAAAAAAUUAAUUUAUUGCAUUUUCGAUGUCGUAUUGUAUGGAGAAAGAAAAGAACAAGAUGAGAAGAAAAAAACAAAGCAAAUUUAUGUGUGGUUCAAUCAAAUAAAGAAUAAAUUUAGAUUCUGUUCAUUGCAUCAAAA